AUGGCCAACGUCGCCGAAAAGGCGCGCUUCCACCUCGAGCGCGCCGUCCCCCAGCUGCGCGAGUUUGAGGAAAAAGAAAUCUUCACCAAGGACGAGAUCCGCACCCUCGUCUCCAAGCGCACCGAAUUCGAGCACCUCGUCCUCGGGCCCGGCUGCAAGCCACACCACUUCCAGUCCUACGUCGCCUGGGAGCUGUCCCUCGACAAGCUGCGCGCCAAGCGGUGCCUGCGCAAGAGGAUCAAGCACUCCACGUCCCACGCCAGCAACGCCCGCGUCUUCAACAUCUACGAGCGCGCCGUCUUCCGCCACCCGGGCAGCCUCGAGCUGUGGGCCGACUACCUGGACUACGCCGCGCGCGCCAAGGCCACCAAGAGGUGGAGGAAGAUCAUGACCCGCGCCCUGAGGAUGCACCCCGUCAACCCGGGCCUGUGGGCCAGGGCCGGGAGGCGGGCCGCGGGCGACGGCGACAUGGAGGGCGCGCGCGGCAUGUUCAUGCGCGGGUGCCGCUUCUGCAACUCCACCGCCGACCUGUGGCUGGAGUACGCCCGCGUCGAGAUGGAGUGGCUGGCCAAGAUGGAGCGGAAGAAGGGCGGGAGGAAAGGCCUUGAGGGCGCACGUGCCGAGGAGACGGUUGAGGAUGGUGAUGUCCUGCGGCUUGGCGACGAUGACUCGGAGGAGGACGAGUUCGCCGACACCGAGAUCCUGCCCGACCCGAUGGCGGACGAGAACAGCAAGAAGGCCAAGGAGGCGCGGAAGGUCUUCUCGGACGAGGCGAUCCGGAAGCUGGAAAAGAGUCCCGCACUGCAGGGUGCCAUACCCAAGGCCGUCUUUGACGUCGCCAGGAAACAGCCCUUCUUCAACGCACCCGCUGCCGAGGCAUUCUUCGACAUGUUCGCUACCUUUACAACCGUCUCGGUCCAGGCUGCCAUCAUCCAGCACGUCCUGGAUGCCAUGGUCGAGGACUACCCAAGACACCCGGCCACCUGUGGCUGUCUUGUCCGGCAGCCGUUGAUUGGUGUCGAUGUCACCACAGUCGAGUUCCCCAGGGCGCUGCGCGAGGUUCUGGCAAGACUCAAGACACAAACAGAGAAUACGGAGGACAAGGGCAAGCUGGCGGCCAAGACUGUGGCUUGGAUCGAUCCCAUCCUCAGCAGGACCGAACUGGACGAGAAUGUCCGUACAGUGCUGGAACAUACUAAGCGCAAGUUGGAAAACCCCUGA